AUGGCUGAUCAAGUUGAAAAGUUAAACCCCUCCAAACUUGGAACCCAAGAGUACUGGGACAACUUCUACAAGCUGGAGCUUUCCAACUUUCAAGAAAACAAUGCCGACACGGGCGAAAACUGGUUUUCUGACUCAAACGCACAAGAGCAAAUGGUCCGCUAUCUCGAGGAUCUCGCGGCUGAGGGUGACGUUAUCAAUGAAGAAUCGACAUCGUUUAUUGAUCUUGGCACAGGCAACGGACAGCUUCUGAUUGGUGUGCGUGAAGCCGGAUUUCAGGGCCAUCUGACCGGGAUUGAUUACUCAGAGCCUUCUGUAGAAUUUGCUCGAAAGGUAGUUGUGGAAAACGAAGACUGGGACCCCGAAGAUGGGACUUACGAUUUCCGUCACGCAGACUUUCUAGGCUCAACAGCAUGGAACCCGGACAGCCACCAGUGGGACGUUGUGAUGGAUAAAGGAACACUUGACGCAAUCGCGCUUGCAAACAUUACAUACAAUCAUGAAGGCAAGAGCCUUACGGGUGUCGAGCUGUACCCAUUCCGUGUGGCCGAUAUGGUCAAGCCUAACGGAAUUUUCCUAAUUACAUCGUGCAAUUUCACAGAAUCAGAGCUCAUCAAGAUAAUAGAGUCCGAUGAGCGGCUGCGGUACUACGACAAAGUGGAGUACCCUACGUUUGAGUUUGGUGGUGUGAAAGGCCAAACUGUUUGCACGGUUGUAUUUAAAAAGCAAUAA